GGUAACAUGAAUCUCGGACUGCCUAUUGCAACCUCAUAUGGACCAACUCACCAGCCCAUGACCCCUACCAUCCGACCCAAAUCUCAACCCAAAACGACAGUCGGGUUUGUUAAGGCGACUGCGUUUAGUCCAAAAGCAUCCCACUUUCUGGCACGCCGCUCAAUAAUUUGGACGACUCACCCUACCACUCAGCUCCCGUUCCAUACUUCUCUCCAUCAGUCCGAGCUCAACCACCUGCAAAUGGCGAUGUACAUCGUGUCACGGCGGGCAGCCGGCGGAUCGACGCCGAUGGCGGCGUUGCGCUACGCUACUUCUUUGAGACCGUAUUCGACGAAGUUUAGGGAGGAAAGGGACACUUUUGGACCCAUCAACGUUCCCUCAGACAAGCUGUGGGGGGCGCAGACUCAGAGAUCGCUGCAGAAUUUCGAUAUCGGCGGCGAGCGGGAGCGUAUGCCCGAACCCAUUGUUCGUGCUUUUGGGGUGCUCAAAAAAUGCGCUGCAAAGGUGAACAUGGAGUAUGGUCUUGAUCCAACUAUUGGGAAAGCAGUAAUGCAAGCGGCCCAAGAAGUCGCGGAGGGGAAGCUCAACGAACACUUUCCACUUGUUAUCUGGCAGACUGGCAGUGGAACCCAAAGCAACAUGAAUGCCAAUGAGGUCAUUGCGAACAGGGCCGCUGAGAUACUUGGCCAUCAGCGCGGCGAAAAGUUUGUGCACCCGAAUGACCAUGUUAAUAGAUCACAAUCUUCUAAUGACACUUUCCCAACCGUCAUGCACAUUGCAUCUGCAAUGGAAAUUAACUCAAGACUGAUACCAAAUUUGAAAACUUUGCAUGCUGCCCUACAUUCGAAGUCUGAAGAAUUCAAAGAUAUUGUUAAAAUUGGACGCACUCACACACAAGAUGCGACGCCUUUAACUCUUGGGCAAGAGUUCAGCGGCUAUUCAACACAAGUGAAAUAUGGAAUUGAACGAGUUUUGCUUACUCUACCUAGGAUGUAUCAGCUUGCACAGGGUGGUACUGCUGUUGGGACUGGAUUGAACACAAAGAAGGGAUUUGAUGUAAAGAUAGCUGCAGCAGUAGCUGAGGAAACAAAGUUACCAUUUGUCACUGCAGAAAACAAGUUUGAAGCUUUGGCUGCACAUGAUGCUUUUGUUGAAACUAGCGGAGCCCUGAACACAGUUGCUACUUCUUUGAUGAAGAUUGCAAAUGAUAUACGUUUACUAGGAAGUGGUCCACGUUGUGGCCUCGGUGAACUCAUUCUCCCUGAAAACGAGCCUGGUAGCAGCAUAAUGCCUGGGAAGGUAAACCCUACCCAGUGUGAGGCUCUCACAAUGGUCUGUGCUCAGGUUAUGGGUAACAAUGUGGCCAUUACGGUAGGUGGAUCAAAUGGUCACUUCGAACUUAAUGUGUUCAAGCCAAUGAUUGCUAGUGGUCUCCUGCAUUCGGUGAGAUUGCUUGGGGAUGCAUCUGCUUCCUUUGAAAAGAACUGCGUGAGAGGAAUUCAAGCUAAUAGGGAAAGAAUUUCAAAGUUACUUCAUGAGUCACUUAUGUUGGUCACGUCCUUGAAUCCUAAAAUUGGUUAUGAUAAUGCUGCGGCAGUUGCAAAGACAGCCCACAAGGAGGGAUCCACUUUGAAGGAAGCUGCAUUGAAACUAGGAAUGCUAUCCAGCGAAGAAUUCGAUACUCUUGUGGUGCCAGAGAAGAUGAUUGGCCCAACCGACUGACUGACUGACAGAUUUUGAAGCUGUUGAAAAUUGAAGUCCUGAUUUCAGCGGCAUCGGUUACCUUUUGCGUUUUGUCUUUGCAUUUUGUCUCUUCGGGUGACAUAAGGAUUAGAAGCGAUACGUAUGUAAUUCAUAACGUGUUUACGAACGAUAUUCUUGAGGCUGUCUCAUCCAUGGCUGGCCGGCCGGCCCCGUUAUUUGGGUCAAUUCAUUGGGUCGCUGAAUAAAAUAAAGUAGAAAGUUACUAUCUUUGCAUUCAAACUA